AUGAAUUUUGUUUGUUAUACAUAUUAUAUACUUAUUUUACAUUUAGCUAUUAUGCAAUACUUUUAACACUUCGUUUUCUGUCUUGUUCGAACAACAAAUUAAAAUUAUACCGGUAACUUUAGAUAUGUAUGGGAGAAAUGUUAUGGGCUCACUAGGUGCCCUUGUAUCCUGUAUACUCUAUGGUAUACUCACCCAAUUCCAUUAUUAUUUUGAGAGUUUAGGUGUUUUAGAAGCUGAUAUAGUUUUUCUUGUCCACAUUUCCAUAUCACGAUAGUAUCCUCUACGUAAUUCUACAGUACGUUUCCAUGGAGACUAUAUGUUAUAUCCAAUGUCAUAGUUACUAUUCGCAUACUUCAUUACCGUAUUCUAAAAUUAAACACAUCAAUCUCUUUGAUUAACUUGAUUCAUUUUUUACUUGAAGAUUAGCUGAAAUGACUACCAUAAUAAACCACUUAUUUCGCAGAUACAUUCAAACCACCGUCUACAAAACUGUGAACAAAUUUAGGGUCGCUGGCCCAUCCGCCAUUUCCGGCAGUCACGAAGGUGGGUUUAAAAUCUGGAAGAAGCUGACAUUCUUGGUGGCAUUCCCGUCCAUCGCUUUGUGCGGUGCUAACAUCUGGCUUGGUCACCAAAGUCAGGGUCGUGAACAGGUGCCUUUCAUCAAGUACGAUCAUCUGAGAACUCGCACCAAACGAUUCCCAUGGGGUGACGGUAAUAAGUCCCUCUUCCAUAAUCCUCAUACCAACGCUUUGCCCGACGGUUAUGAACAUUAAAAAAUUAUAUUUACAUUACCAAAAUAAAAA